ACACAGGAGUCUAAGAGCGGUCUCUUCCUGGGAGACCCUCGCAAGCUGCGAGCUACCGGGAGACGAUGAAGCUGCGAGUAGCGAGCUCGCUACUGGUAGCGUGCGCCGCUACCCUCGCAGCAGGUGGAGUUACAGAGAUAUCUUCCCGAAUAGUAAAUGGAACAGAAGCUUCUGAGGGGGAGUUUCCUUUUAUGGUGUCGGUACAGAUGGAAGGCACCCAUUUAUGCGGCGGUACCAUCGUCAACAAGGACUGGAUACUCACAGCCGCUCACUGCUUGGAAAAAAGGUUGGCCGAGCAACUGUCGGUGCUUGCGGGCACGGCGGAUCUGAGACAAGCAGGCGUGCGCCGACAAGCAGCGUACUUCACCAUGCACAAUCUCUUCUCCAACAGGAUAGAGUUAAAGUACGACAUCGCCGUCAUCAAGCUGGCCAGCCCGCUCGCGAUGUCGGCCAGUGUCCGGACAGUGGCGCUCCCAGCGGCGGUCCAGCACACUCCAGGAGGGGUGGUUGCCACCGUCGUGGGCUGGGGGCUGCUCUACACGGGCGGACCAACCUCGGACCUACUGCAGAAAGUGGACGUGGUGACCUUGAGCGAUGCAGCCUGCCAGGAGGCGCUGUCCGGGGACCUUCACGCGCACAACCUCUGCGCGGGCUGGCCCUCAGGCGGCAAGGGCCACUGCUCGCGGGACUCCGGGGGCCCCUUGUUGGUGUCCGGGGUGCAGGUGGGCAUAGUCUCCUGGUCCGUCAAGCCCUGCGCCUCGCAGGGGAACCCCGGCGUCUACGUCGAUACGUCCUUCUUCGCAUCCUGGAUCAGAAGUCACACGCAGGACUAGCUCCUCCCUCUACUCCUGCCCGUCAUCCACCUCCUGUGCUGGUUCGUAGACACCAGUGGUGUGUGGCAGGGGUGGUGUGGAGAUGUACAACCCCCUUACCCCACCCCAAGUCCUUAACAAUUCAACAUUCCCACCAACGAGAGGAAAUAAACGGAUGCCAUAUGUAGCGCUGCACGAUCUGUUGUCAUUGUUUAUUCCUAUCGAGCGAUCGGUGAUUGAGUAUUUUAAGUUGGUAGCUCCUUCGCCAUCACUUUCGUAGUGGUUAAACGCUAACGAGGUUUGUUUCAUCUUAUGGUUUAUGAUUGGGACUUCAGUACCAACCUAAAUUAUUUGUGGCUGAAAUUAUGAGUGAUCUUUAAAUCCAAAAUUUUCUCCUGGGAAGACAUCGGACUUUAUUUGUGUGAGAUUUGCUCUUUUAUUUUAGUAAUGGAUUUAUCUGCAUCUGGUAGAUUACUUGAUUUGAAGUCCUGUUUCUCCUCACCCUUCGCCCUUUCCAAAAAAAAAUGAUAUCUUGCGUACGGCUCUGGUUGGAACUUCUGUAUUUCGCAGAAACGCUUGAUUGUUUGUUUAUGUUUUCCACAACUCUUUUCGUCGUAAAAAAAUAGUCAGUGAUAUGUUAUUCUCCUUACCUACAAGACCAAUGCGAUUGUGCUUACUGUUCUGCGAUUAACCUUAACAGUAGGAAAGAUUUACAGUGUUUUGAGGAAUACAUUAAAACGAGAAGUUCUUUUGCAAAAUACAGGAUUUUACACUCAUUGGCUAGAACCAAGGAUAGUGGGUUCUCAUCUUUUGGACUGCGAUGUGAUUUGAUAUGAUGGAUAAGGAUAAUCCAGGGGAUGGCAAUAUGACUGUAGUCAUAUCAUAUUGGUAAAGCUGUGUUAACAAAAGAGAGCUUGUUCCUGCCUUUCCUUCCCCUGAUUUUUAAUGAUGAGACAUUAAUACCACAGGUACGAAGAUCUCACACACACGGAGCGAUUAAGUUAUCGGAGUACAGUCUUGACUUGCACUGACACUAUCUUGAACAACUAAUAAAAAA